CUCCCUCUCUCUCUCUCUCUCUCUCUCUCUCUCUCUCCCCCCCUCCUUCUCGCCUUAUGAAUGCCCGCAAGAAGGCGCGAGAUGCUGCCCAAAUCCCAAGAUCCGCCUCAUCUCCCUAAGCCUAACCCUAGUCCUAAUCUCAACCUCCCCUCCACCUUCCCUCCCAAUGCGCCUGCGGUGGCCGCAGGGGCGGUGGCGAUGUUCCAGAGCCCGGGCCCGGCGGCGUCGCCUCGCGGAGUGCACCACCGGCGGGCCCGAUCUGAGCUGGCGUUCCGGAUCCCGGAAGACCUCGACCUGAGCUCCGGGGACCCCCUGGUGGGCGGGAGCUUCGACGACAUUGGGUCGGUGGACGACCUCUUCUGCACGUUCAUGGACAUCGAGAAGAUUGGGUGCAGGCUGGAGGGGAGCGGAUCCGGGUCGGAGGGCGGGGUGUGCCGGGAUCGGGCUACGGAGAGCUCCGAAGGAGGGGAGGAUCGGAAGAUCGGCAAUGCCGCCGGAGCGGCGGCCGUGAGGUCCAAGCAUCGGCACAGCAGCUCGAUCGACGGGUCAUCGAUGAUGUCAUCGGGGACCACGAGGGGGGAGGGAGCGUUUGGGGAGGUGGUGGAGGCGAAGAAGGCCAUGACGGCCGAGCAGCUGGCGGAGCUAUCUGCCCUCGAUCCGAAGCGGGCUAAAAGAAUUCUUGCUAACCGACAGUCAGCAGCUCGCUCAAAAGAACGAAAAGCUCGUUAUAUUUCAGAACUUGAGCGGAAAGUUCAGACCCUUCAAACUGAAGCUACGACUCUCUCUGCACAGCUCACUUUAUUCCAGAGAGACACAACAGGGUUGUCUGCAGAGAAUGCAGAGCUUAAGAUACGAUUACAAGCUAUGGAACAACAAGCUCAACUGCGUGAUGCACUGAAUGAGGCACUAAAGCAGGAAGUUGAGAGACUCAAGAUAGCAACAGGUGAAAUAUCAAAUCUUGGUGAGACAUAUAAGAUGGGACCACAACAUGUGAGCUAUAGCACUCCAUUUUACAUGCUUCCCCAACAACAAGAAGUCCACCACGAUGGCAUUCAAUUUCAACCCCAAUUCCAGCAAUCUCAGCCCAAUGUCUCAAAUCACCAGUUUGCCCACCCCGCAGCCCUUCCAGAUAUGAUGCAGCAAGAUCCCCUCGGAAGACUACAGGGAUUGGAUAUCAGUAAGGGUUCUCUUAUCGUGAAAUCAGAGAGUUUUUCGAUUUCUGCUAGCGAAAGCAGCAGCACCUUCUAAGCAGGCCUACCCAACAAGCAACACAUUUAUUAGAUUUUGGUCCAUAGAGCUUUGCUGGCUCUAUUUUUCAUUACAUUUUUUCAAUUAAUUGGAAAUUGUUUGUUUUAAAUCCAGGAUUGUAAGCUUUCUUCCCCUUCUUAGUCCAACUCGCAAAAUUUUUUUGGUGUGUUAUUGAUGAGUUCUGACAUGUUCUGUUUGUUCGACAUCAUGUUAUGCGCAAAUGAGCAUUGUAUUUGUGCGAACGAGAGGGUUUGAGAGUUGUCCCCACAAAUCAUGUAUCUCUUUUUUUUAAAAAAAACAUUAUUUUGGUUCCUAUU